AUGUACGCCAAGUGGGUGAUUGUGUGCACCGCAGCCGCGCUCCUCGCCAGCGCGUGCGCUCGCCCCGGCGCGAACGACAUAGAAAACGUUAUUAAAACAUCUGACGUUCCCAGCAAAAAUGCUGAAGAUCUGACAGCCAGCAACAAAACUAUUGACACGAGACCGGUGAACGAACGCUUCCCUCAUGCCGUCCUUUUUGGUGGUACGUGUGGGGGCACCAUCAUUAGCCCAAACUGGAUCCUCACUGCUGGGCACUGCACACUGUUUACCGGUGGCAGAUAUGUGCUGGCCGGCACCAACAACUCCGAAAACGAUAGUGGUGUGACGCGAUAUGUAAAAAGGUUGAUUAUUCACCCGCUCUUUACCGUUGGGCCCUAUUGGCUGGAUGCUGAUGAAUAUAACCUCAAACAGGUUGCUGCGCGAUGGGAUUUUCUCUUAGCUGAGCUGCAAGAACCCUUACCCUUGGACGGCAAAACCAUGAUCGCAGCUAAGUUGGACGAUCAACCAAUUCUUCAAGUCGGUCUAAACGUUGGUUAUGCGGGUUACGGCACUGAUCAUUUUGGGGGCACUAUGCGCAGUGACAUGCACGGAAUGGAAUUAUCUGUGCAAUCAGACGACGUAUGCAAAACGUUGGAACAAUACAACCCGCAAGACAUGCUGUGCGUAAAGGGUCGUCCUCCGCGUUAUGACUCCGCCUGUAACGGCGACAGUGGUAGUGGUCUAGUCGACGAGACCGGCAGGAUAAUCGGUGUCGCCUCAUGGGUGGAGAACGAUGCACACAGCUGCAGCAACGGUGCCCUUGUAGUCUUCUCCCGUGUGUCCAGUGUACGCGACUGGAUCAAGCAAGUCACCAAGAUCUAA